AAGAACAAUGGUAUCAGAGAUGGCUUUUCCUGAAUGGGGAGGAGACUGGCCCGUAUAAAACAAGACUACGCGCCCUGAUGUGCCCGUACUCGUACCGCAGUGUCAUUUAACUAUACGCAUUCGAUCAUGAGGCUCGUUACUCUGACCCCCUGGUUUUCUGUUGCUGCAAGCUGCUUGGCUAUUGAUAACAUAAUUCCCGGCGCUGAAGUCUUCCCAGCUAGUGAUGGUGCAGCUUUGGAGAGAAUCGGAGCUCAGCUUCCAGGAUAUCCUGAUCGGCGUACGGUGACAAUUAGACCCUCCAAGACUGACGACGAUGAUAUCUCCAGCGAUUUUUUAUGGGGCAUGAAAGUAGCCAAUCAUGGCGGUAGGCUCCUGUUGAAGAAAGGAGAAACAUACAUAAUCGGGAAGAAACUCGAUCUCACCUUCUUGAAUGAUAUCGAAGUGCAGCUGGACGGUGAAAUUCAGUUCACAAACAAUGUUACCUAUUGGCAAGCGAACAACUUCUAUUACGAUUACCAGGAUUCGAUUUCCUUCUGGAGGUGGGGUGGUCAGGAUAUUAAGAUCUUCGGCCAGGGUACUUUGAAUGGUAACGGUCAGAUAUGGUACAAUGAGUUUGCGGGACAUGAGAUCCUGGACUCAAGUAAUACAUUCUACCGGCCAAUUCUCUUCGUGGGUGAAAAUGCAACUCGUGUCUCGAUUGAAGGCAUAACGGAGCUGAACUCUCCGUGCUGGAACAAUUUUUUCGUCGGAUCAAAAGAUAUCUCGUUCGAUAAUGUUUACAUUCAUGCAUUUUCAACAAAUGUCUCAGCCCCGCCGAAGAAUACUGACGGACUCGACUCGAUCACUACGAACGGCAUCAGGUUUACUAAUAUGCGAGUUGAUGUCGGUGAUGACUGUUUCUCUCCGAAGCCAAAUACAACAAAUGUCUUUGUCCAGAAUCUGUGGUGCAAUAACACCCAUGGUGUUAGCAUGGGCAGUAUCGGACAGUAUGCCGGUGAAGAAGAUAUCAUUGAAAACGUGUACAUCGAGAACGUCACAUUGCUGAACGGACAAAAUGGAGCCCGCCUGAAAGCCUGGGCUGGACAAAACGUUGGCUAUGGCCGCAUCAACAACGUCACUUACAAAGAUAUCCGCAUCGAAAACACCGAUAACCCCAUCGUCUUGGAUCAAUGCUACUAUGACCUCAAUGCAACUGAAUGCGCAGCCUACCCUUCCCGCGUCAACUUCACAAACAUCGUCUUUGACAAUGUGUCAGGGUCUUCGUCGGGGAAGGAAGGAAAAGUAGUUGCUGACCUAUCCUGUUCGCCAAAUGCUGUUUGUUCGGGAAUUCAUCUUGAGGAUAUUAACUUGACGAGCCCAGCUGGUAGUCCGCCUGUGGUUAUUUGUGAUGGUAUUGAUGGCGAUAUUGGUGUGAAAUGUCAGUCGAGUAGUUCGAGUUCGUGAGAGGUUUAAUCUCAGAUGUUUUAAGCGGGAUAUGUACUCAAAAGGUCGGACACAGGAUAUUAUGAAUUGCAAUCUAGGAUAUAGAACUAGCGUGGACUGUCCAUGUCAGCAUUAUCUGAUAAAGACCUUCCCAGGUGGUCCAAGAUCAAAAUCUGUACCAUCUUUAC